ACGUAUAUAUGUAUCCAUGUCUGCAGACCAAGUUCCCAUGUGUUGUUGUUGUUAAGGACACAUCAAUAUAUACUUGUUGGUUACCACUUACCAUUAUUACCCUACCCUUCCACGCAUAUAUAUGCCCCAGCAUGCACCACUGUACCAUCUUGCACUUAUUAUAUAUAUAUAUAUAUAUAUGGUUUAGGCUAGCGUACGUCAGUCGUAUGUUGUACGCCCGUCGAGUUUUACUAUUUAGAGCAGGACUUAACCAAAAUUUUGGGCAUGAUACUAUACCCUAACCUCUAAUGGAUAAACCCCAGUCCCUAAUUCUCUAACCCAAGCCACGAGAUUCAUUAAAUCUAAAAAAUAAUAACUGACGGUUCUGAUUCAGCGAAAUAUAUUGAAGUGCAAAAACCAAGUGUGAACACAGGCGUACAGCGUACGACUGACAUACGCUAGCCUUUGUCAUAUAUAUAUAUAUAUCAUCCCCAAGGAUUGGACUAGCUAGAGGGCUUCAUCCCUCAACAUAUAUAAAAGGAAAAGAAAGAAGUAGCUCCUAGCAGCUAGCUACUUGAAGACGGACAAUUAAGUUGUUAUGUCUUUGGCGAGAGUGAGCAGGGUCUUAGCACCCGGCGGCGCCACGAGUAGUAGUAGUAGCAGCCCUGCCCCUGCCCCUGCCCCUGCCCCUGCCCCUGCCCCUCCUGGUCCUCCGCCGCAUCAUCCUGCAGCGUUCCACCAAGUCUUCGACACGUGGCUGGCAGAUCAGGAGCGUCACCUCCAGGAGCUGGUCUCGGCAGCCGAGCGGUGCAGCGACCAGCCGGAGCUCCUCAGGGGUCUCUUGGGCCGGGUCAUGGACCAGUACGAGCAGUACUACCGGGCCAAGUCCUUGUCGGCCCAGCAGGACGUGCUGGCCAUGCUGUCCCCGCCAUGGAGGAGCACGCUAGAGGACGCCUUUCUGUGGAUCGGCGGGUGGAGGCCUUCCAUGGCUUUCCACCUCAUCUACUCCAAGUCGGGGCUCCAGCUACUAGAGUCGACGCGGAUCCACGACCUGCUCCAGGCCAACGACUUGUCCGGCCUCUCAGGGGAGCAGCUCCGCCUCAUCGACCACCUCCAGCUGCGGACCAUCCGGGAGGAGCGCCACAUAACGGAGGAGAUGGCCAGGGUGCAGGAAUCCGCUGCGGACGCCUCCAUGGUGGAGCUCUCCCAUUUGGCCACCCAGAUGAUCAUGCGGACAACCCCAUGUCUCAGCCCUAGUAGUGUGAACCAGCGGGUGGAUACCACGUUGGUGGCCAAGGAGAAUCAGAUGGAGGAGCUCCUGCACGCGGCAGACGAUCUACGCCUCAGGACGCUCAAGGCCAUCGUUCACGACAUCCUCACUCCCAUCCAGGCCGUCCAUUUCCUUAUUGCUGUAGCCGAGCUGCACCUACGUGUUCAUGAUUGGGGGAAGCGCCGAGAUGCCGUGCCCACAUCAUCUGAGAUUGCCACUCACUCCAAAUAAAUUAAAUUAAAAUAAAAUAAAAUAAAAUAAAAUAAAAUAUUAUGGUAUAGCUAUAACAGAAGAAAACUCGAGUUUUCUUCUGUUAAGCUAGGCUUCCUUUAUCAGUAAGCGUAAGGGUUCAAGUUCAAUCAUGAUAGGUUUUUUCCUUGUGUACUUUUUUGCCAUGAUGAUCUCAAACUUUUGGUUUGGUUUUGUUUUGUUUUUCUUAUGAAUAAAGGUUUUAGAUUAUGGUAUUGAAGGAUGAUUAUAUUACUAUUGUUUUAUCGUUAAUGAUGAAACUAUAUCUAGUUCAAAGUGAAUUAGAUUGCAAGAUGAUAAAGCUAUUCAUCGAUUCCUAGCUUUCAAACUAUAAGUUAAUCACAACAGAUGUUUAUUUAGCCCCAGUUUACCACUGUUUAUAGAUCAAUCUAUCAUAUUAUUUUAUCAUAGUUAUAAUAUAGAACGGUCUGCCUAAUUAAUUUUUUUUUAGGGCGAUACUUGGCUGCUGUCUGGGUUGCAGCCCAUGGCUGCCACCUAUUGACUUGGCACCAUAUCAUUGGUUCAAUGGAUAUUAUUAAACUUAUUUGGAUUAGGAAAGGACGGAAACCGGACGGAAACUAUUUCUUUUCUUGGACGGACGGAGAGCAGCCCAAACGGUGCUGCCUCUUUACAUUUUUUUAUUAUACUUUUUAUAUAUUUUUUAUUAAUUGAAAAGGAGAUAAUAAUAUUAAACACACAGAGUGCACUAGUACUUGUUUUCCAGCUUAACUAAUAUUGAGAGGAGUGAUAUAAUAUGCGGAGCAAGGUUGUCAAACCGGUUUAUACCGUUGUACCGGUUUGGCAAGUGGAAUGGUACGACCAGUGGUAUAACCUGUUUGUGCCGGUUCAUGCUGGUCUAAAAAAAUGUGAAAAUAAUUAAUAUCCAAUGUAUUUAAUCAUAUAUAAAAAAUAUUUGUGGACAAUUUAGUUAUAAUCCAACAAAUAUCAUCAACUUUUAACUAUUACAUUCAUAAAAUGAAUAAUAAGUCAUUAUUUUUAUUCAUUAAAUUCAUUAAAAUGAUGUCAUUUUCUUAGAAUGCGUAAGUCGAUCAUACCGAUCAUACCGGUGGUGUCAUGCCGGUUUCAUGACCGGCACAGGUUGAACCGGGUGGCAUGCCACCGGCAUGACAACCAUGAUGCGGAGUGAAUCAUAUCUUAACAAUUGGUUGAUUUUAGGUGAUGAACAAUGAUCAAUUUCCAAAAUCAAUUAUUAGUUCAGUGGGAGAAAACUUGGAAUCUACACCCUUUGUAUAAGCAAUAUAUCAUUCACACAAUUGUUACAAAUAUAAAUUCAAUUUUAUUAUUUAUUAAUUAAGAUGGAAAACAAGUACUAUUGCACCUCUGUGCAUAGUUAGUAAAAUACGGUACGAGAAAGUUAUGUAUAAAAUAUGUAAGAGUACUUUACUCUGUCUCUAUGUUAAUGUUACGUUUAAUAGUAAGUUAAAAGUCAUAAAUAUAUAAAAUUAAUUAUUUUUAAAAUAAAUAAAUUUAUAAAUAAUAAUAAAGUUAAUAAUUUAAUUCAUUAAAUACGGAUAUUAUGC